ACUCUGUCUUUAUUGUCAUGAUUCCAUGAUUGACGCUGAUAUAUGUUGUCAUCCCCUCCCUCUGCUCACACAACCUUAUCAUUCUUGAAACCCCAGAAGCAAAAACGAUCCACCGAGUCUAGAUCUCUCACAAAAUUCGACCUUUUCAUGGGCUUUCUUCUUCAACCAACUCCUGCUACUCCAUGGGCAAUUCGUUCUCUUACUCUCACUUCAUCUCCUCUUCUUUGAAGCCACUUCUUAAAUUACCCAUCACUCGUUUCCACCUUCUUCUUAUCUUCCUGCAUACCCUUUUAUAACUCCUUGCUUUUAGUCGCAGUCAGUCAAACCUCGAAAUUGAAGCGGUGUUCUUGUUUUGCAACUUCGAUUUUCACCCAAAACGACCAAUUUCCAAAACGGGGCUGCUUUUUCGCUUAUCAUCAGUAGAGUCAACCCAUCAAUUGACUAUUCAAAUCUCCAAAACCGAUCAAUUGCAAAUCAAGUAAAUGGCAUCGGUGUUUUUGUAUCAUGUGGUGGGGGAUCUGACGGUGGGGAAGCCGGAGCUGGUUGAGUUCACCGAGAAUGAGACGCUCGAGGCUGCGAUUAAGGCAAUCGGAGAGUCGACAGAGUGCGGGAUAGCAAUUUGGAAGAGGAGGUCGGUGCAGAAGGGUUUAAUUGAGAACGCAGAGAUGAGGCAUCAGAGAUUUGUGGGUAUCUUAAAUCCGCUCGAUAUCGUUGCUUUCUUGGCAAGAGAUGAUUGUUUGAAUGAUCAAGAGAAAGCUCUGAAGACGCCUGUUUCUGAAGUGGUUGUUCCUGAUAAUACUUUGAUGAAGGAAGUUGAUCCUGGCACAAGAUUAAUAGACGCGUUGGAGAUAAUGAAGCAAGGUGUCCGGCGACUUCUGGUUCCAAAAUCCAUAGGAUGGCGAGGGAUGAGCAAACGCUUCUCAAUUCUCUACAACGGAAAAUGGCUCAAAAACAUCGACAGCAAUCCCAACAUCACCAUCCCCAACAUCAACAACCGCCCUUCAUCUUCAUCUUCAACCCCCACACCCACCGCCCUCAGCCGCGACAAAUACUGCUGCCUUUCACGAGAAGACGUCAUCCGCUUCCUAAUUGGUUGUCUCGGAGCCCUAGCCCCUCUCCCUCUCUCCUCAAUUUCAUCUCUCGGCGCAAUAAACCCUAAUUACUGCUCAAUCGACGCAUCAUCUCCCGCAAUCGAAGCAUCCCGUCAGAUCCCUCGCGAACCAAGCGCGUUUGCGGUUGUGGACCGCACUCCCGACGGCCAACACACGAUUCUCGGAGAGAUUUCCGCCUCCAAACUAUGGAAAUGCGAUUAUUUAGCCGCCGCGUGGGCCCUUGCUAAUCUUUCCGCAGGCCAGUUUGUUAUGGGCGUCGAAGAUAAUUUGUCUUCAAGGUCGCUUCCUGAUAUCGUUCUGGCGGGAACAAAUGGCGGGAGUUUAGUGAAUGGAGGCGGAGCGCGGCCGCUGAGACAGAGGACGUUUAGUAGCAGGAGUGUUGGGUUUUUUAACAGUAACCCUUCGAGUCACAGUUUUGGGGCUAAUCGGAGUAUGUAUAGAGGUCGGAGUGUGCCUUUGACAUGUAAAGCUACGAGCUCGUUGGCGGCAGUUAUGGCGCAGAUGUUGUCUCAUCGGGCGACUCAUGUUUGGGUGACGGAUGCUGAGAAUGAGGAAGUCCUGGUUGGGUUGGUUGGAUAUGCCGACAUCUUAGCUGUUGUGACUCGACCCCGCGCUGCCCCAAUUACAGAGGGUCAAUCCACUUAAGGUACUUAAUUUAAUGGAGAAUGUUUGGUUUGCAUUUGUGUAUGUACAUGUUUAAUACAUGAACCCAUGAAUCCGGAUCUUUUUUGUCAUAUUUAAUUCAAAUUCUUGUAUUUCGUAA